CAACUCAUGUUACAACUUACAACCCUCACAUCCCCUUUUCACAAACACAAUCACCACCCAAAUCCACCGCUGGUAUCGACGGCGAUCAAUCACAUCUUGUCGCUGACCACCGCAGAUCAACCACCGGUCAACGCAAAACCACCGUCAUGUCGAGAGAAAGAUUCAGAAAAGCUCUAUUACCUCCUGGAGCCGAGAAUAUUGAGAAGUUGAAGAAUAUUGUAGAAGAAGGGAAUUACUAUGGGGCACAACAGAUGUACAAGACUAUCAGUUCAAGAUAUGCUACGGUUGGAAGAUUUUCUGAAGCAUUCGACCUUCUUCAAUCCGGUGCUUGCCUCCAGUUAGAACAUGAUCAGGUAACUUGUGGGGGUGAGCUUGCUAUGUUGUUUGUGGAGAUGCUAGUCAAAGCUAAAGUUGACUUUGAUGAAGACUAUCUUGAUCGUAUAAGAAAAAUCUACAAAAAGUUCCCUCGUGUUCCGGUUCCUCAAAAUUUGGACUUGGCUGACGAUGAUGCAAUCCAUCAAUUAUCUGAAACCUUUGGAGCUGCAAAAAUACGCGUUGAGAGCUGCUCAUCGUUUUUGAAAGCUGCUAUUAAGUGGUCUGCAGACUCUGGUCCUCGUAAGAUUGGAUCUCCUGAACUACAUGAUAUGCUGGCUGAAUACAUAUACUCCGAAUCACCAGAACCUGACAUGACCAGAGUGUGUUACCAUUUUGCAAGGGGUAGAAAUCCGAAUAGGUUUGCUUCAACCCUUGUUAAUUUCAUGGGGAAGUGUUAUCCAGGUGAAGAUGAUUUGGCGAUUGCACGAGCGGUUUUGAUGUAUCUGUCUUUAGGUAACCUGAGAGAUGCUAACAAUUUAAUGGACGAGAUAGAGAAACUUGCUCAAGUCAAGGAGCUUGAGUUUCCCGAUUCAGAAUUAAUGCGAUUUAUCAACUAUCUUUUGCAAACGUUAAUGAGAGAUGCAUUGCCGUUAUUCAAUAUGUUGAAACAAAAAUUCAGCUCCAGUAUAGAACGAGAUCCUACGUUCAAUGAGUUGUUAGAAGACGUUGGGGAAAAGUUCUAUGGAGUACGCCGUAAAAAUCCGUUACAAGGGAUGUUUGGAGAAUUGUUUAAGAUGUGAGUUGAAGCGGUUGCGUGUUUAAGUUUCAUAUAAAAGGAGCCAAACCUUUCCCUGAAUGUUGGAUUCCCAGCUGGUUAUCUGGUUGGUUACAAACACCAAUCUACUUGUUUGACAUUGUGAUGAGAUGCAAAUGUUGUUUACACAGCUCUUCUAUAUUAUGAGUACACAUUUUAUUGUAAGAGUAUGUAAUUUAGAAAAUAAAUGGAAUCAUAAUGAGUUUUUUUUGCCUGUACUUUCUAUCUCUUGAAACCAUUUUCUUACUAAUAUAAUUUUUAUUAUAUGUAAA